GUGGGUACCUUAAGGUCUUAAGGUGGGAAAGAGGGACACCUACCCCCCCUCAUCAGCCGGGCCAUUUCUCUUGAGCACUUCAAACUCACAAAUCCUCUCCUUAAGCCUCCCUUCUUUCUCUACCUUGAAGUCUUGGGUCGGAAACCCGUAGUGUCGCAUUCUGCCCAUCUUCACCAACCUUUGCUGGAAAUAGAAAGCACGUCACCGGUGCUUUAUCCGUCGCGUAACCACAGCUGCGCCAUCACGCAGCUUCUACCCCAAGGGUCCAGUGAUAUUUCCAUCGUUCGCGACAAUCUGCUAUUCCCGUCCCGUCUUGGACUCUGCAACACAUUCCAACCCCAUCCCGCCAAUCUUCUUUCGCAAACGGCCAACACCACCUUCACACAGAACCCGAUCGUCGACUCUUUCCUGUCACAAUGGCCCCAUCAAAGGCAGCCGCCAACGGCGCUGCUGCCGCUGCUACCAACGGCGACAUCAACCGCGAGCCCAUCAACGUCAUUAUUCCCAUCGGCGGCAUUGGCUCUCGCUUCGCAAAGGAGGGUUACCGCUACCCGAAGCCGCUGAUCAACAUUGUUGGCCGGCCUAUGCUGCUGUGGCUUAUUGACAACCUUAGCCUUAAGCCUGGCGACACCCUAUGGAUGGCCAUCAACGAGGAGGUCGACGACGAGUUCAGAAUCGGUCAGCUCGUGAGCAAGACCUUCUCCAAGAUCGACUUCAGACUGCUGCGCUUGCGUCACCAGACCAAGGGUGCUAGUGAGACGCUCUUCAUCGUGACCCAGAGUAUGACCAAGAAGCACCUCGAGCGCAAGACCGUCUCCCUCGACUGCGACACCAUUUACUGGGCCGACAUCCUCGAGGACAUCCGUAACAUGCCCAAGGGCCAUGGCGGCUGCUUCUACUUCCCCGACAUUGGUGACAAGCCCAUUUUCUCUUACAUUAAGACGGAACCCACCCAGGACGGCUUGGAGCGCAUCAUCGAUAUCCAGGAGAAGAAGGCUAUUUCCAAUAAGGCGAAUACGGGCGCGUAUGUCUUCCCGUCCGCUGCCCAGCUCAAGUCGUGGGCUGCCGAGAACCUUGACAUGAAGAGGCCCGAUGGCUCCGAAGUGGGCGAGUACUACACCUCGCAGAUGAUCGCUCUCAUGAUCCAGAACGGCGUUCCCUACCUGGGCAUGCCCGUCAGCACCAAGGACUUCAGCGUUGUCGGCACGCCCGAGCAGCUCAAGGACCUCCUGAAGCUGCUCAAGACCGACACCUCCAACCUCCCCAUCAAGCUAAAGAAGCGUCGUUUCUGCUUCGACCUCGACAUGACCCUAGUCGGUGUGCCUGCCGUGGCCGGAGACUAUUCCACCUGCCCUCCCAUUGAGAAGAACAUUCGCCUCGUGCAGCAGCUGUAUAACGCAGGCCACUAUAUUAUCAUUCAAACGGCGCGUCGCAUGCGGACACAUCACGGAAAUCUGGGCUCGGUCCUUGCGGAUGUCGGUCCGGUUACCUUUGCCCAAUUGGCCAAGUACGAGAUUCCCUACCACGAUAUUCAUUUCGGCAAGCCCUACGCCGAUGUCUACGUCGAUGACCUGGCGGUCAAUGCCAACUUGGAUACUAUGCGGGAGAUUGGUUGGCUUCUGGACGAGCAGGACCCAGCUGCGCUGAUCGGGCAAGAUGCGGGCACCGCCGAGGAUGCGAAGAAGGCCGGCAUGAUCGCCGCUCGCGACUUCAACACCAUCCAGAUCAUUGGUGAUAAGGUGAUCAAGUCAAGCAAGUCGGAGAACAUCCUCGGCGAGCUCUUCUUCUACUCCCACAUGCCCGCCGAAAUCGCACACAUCUUCCCGACUGUGUACAACGUCGACUACAUCCCCGACACCACCACCUACAACAUCACCAUGGAAAACCGCCGUGGCUUGACCUUCUCUCACCUUCUAGUCGGACGCUCAAUUACCAAGGGCCGCCUCAUCUCCUUGCUGAAGGCUCUCCACUCUGUCCACACCACAGCCAGCACCGACAAGGCCACUCUCAACAUUCCUAGUGCUCUGGAAAAGAAGUUUGAAGAGCACUCCCUUGCCCGGGCGAACAACCGCGUCAAUAUUUACGCGAACUACGGCUCGAAGCUGCGUAGUCGGUACUACCAGAACCAGAAUAAGUACGAUGCACUUGGCCCCCUGGCCGCGUCUCUUUUCGCCCGGAUUAAUGAGUUCCUCGAUACCUACGAGGCCGAGGAGAAGGGUGUUCAUGCGCAAGUCAUCCACGGUGACCCCGUCUUCAGCAACGCCAUCCUCUCCAAGGACGAGAAGCUUGUUAGCUUCAUCGACGUGCGCUGCCAGCUUGAGAACACCUUAACCCCCGAGGGUGACAUCCACUACGAUCUCGGCAAGGUUUUACAGUCCCUUUGUGGUUACGACCACAUCCUCUUCAUGAGCGCCAACAACCACGACCUGCGCGGCGCUCUCGAUAGCGACCAGCCCCUUCUUGACGAGGCCGACUCGGACCUACUCUCGAGUCUACAAGAGCACUUUUUCACCUUCCUCGAAGAGACGUACUCCGUACGCCUGCACCGCAAGACCCUCUUCCGUAUCACCGCCUCUCUCUUCUUCAGCCUCAUUCCCCUGCACCGACCGGAGUUGGGCGCCGUCUUCCUGCGCAUGUGCAAGGAGACUCUUGACAAGGCGAGCAACAUCAACUACGGCCCCGGCACGCGAUCCACGGCAGGCGCUACGCUUAGCCGGCGGGCCAGCUCCAACUUUGGCGGAGAGGAGAAGGCCCGUGAGAUGCCCAUCGUUUCUGGCAAGGGAGAGAAUCUCUCCAUUCCUAAUGUCGUCGUCACGGCGAAGUAGGUGAGAGGCGAGAGAUGUCGUAAGGUGUAGGUAAUUGUCGGGGUGUAACCGGGGCAUGCGUAAUGCGCCGAGCUGUCGGAAAGGUGGGUUUCGAUGGCGGGGGUGGGGUUGCGUCGAUAUCACGGGCGCAGAGCUCCCGGAAGGGAAAGCGGAGAGCUUGUGUGGAGUCCCAUCGCAUCGGAACUCGUCCGUCUUGACGGGAGAAUCAUUUGCUACGUUUCACGUGCUUCUUUUUUUUGUUGUUGGAAAAAUGAAAGCGUUUCGUCGGUCCUUGGGUUCUUUCUACUCUCAAGUCUACGAGUAUCAUGUAUGACUAUACCAAGAUAUCACAUUACAUUGAAAAGUGCAU